GCGGGGACAGACAUGACAACGGAUCCAGAGACGGGAUCAAGAAUGCAGGUUCUGUGGGUCUACGUGAUGCUGGUCUGUCUUGGCUGCAGCCAGGGGCAAUCUAUGACGAACUCAACCACAAGCUUAAGCACCACCUACCCUAAUACCACCAGUCCUCUGGCCACCUCCAUCUCUACUGCUGCCUCCUCGUCCUCUCAAACUUCGAUCAUAUCCUCCGGAGCGACUACAAACUCUGGGACCACCACGUCAGGAAACAACACCUCCUCCCCAGCCAACACCACGUCAGGAAACAGCACCUCCUCCCCAGCCAACACCACGUCAGGAAACAGCACCUCCUCCCCAGCCAACACCACGUCAGGAAACAGCACCUCCUCCCCAGCCAACACCACGUCAGGAAACAGCACCUCCUCCCCAGCCAACACCACGUCAGGAAGCUGCGUCUGUAUGUGUGAGAUCUACGUCCCACUGCUGCUUUCGGGAAUCUGCAUCCUGAUCCACAGAGCACAGGGUUGAAACCGUCAAUCCCAACGAGAUCCGUUACUGAUCCAACUUCCUGCUUUCCAGCAAUGAUGUGUUUGUUUACACCGAGCUGCACUUAAUAAAAAUGCACAAAGAAAUUAUGAAACUGAUGAUUUAUAACCAAUAAAAAGCUGA